AUGCUCUCCUCACUAAAGCACAAGCUCAGUCGCAAGAACACCAAUGGCAUCACACGAACCGGCAGUAUGAAGGACGACUCGAGCUCGACUCCUCAUCCGCAGCAGAAUCAAGCUCCUGCGACACGACGACCUGCUCAAGCGGCAAGGAAUCCUCAAAGAGAUCCAGGAGACGCGCCUCCAGCCUACUCUCCAGCUCCAAACGCGGCGCCAAUACCCUCAGUGACCGUGUCUGCGCCUGCCAACCAAGGUGCUGAUGAUCCAUACGCCUUCCUCACCAGCUUCGACACCAUCUUCCUAAUUGAUGACUCGGGCUCGAUGGCUGGCGGCCGAUGGCGCGAGACCGGCGAAGCGCUCGAGACCAUCACGCCAAUCUGCACCGCCCACGAUGCUGACGGCAUCGACAUCUUCUUUCUCAACCACAAGGACUCGGACUACGACCACAAUGUCACCAGCUCAAGCACAGUUCGCGAGAUUUUCCAGACCGUACGGCCAGGCGGAGGCACACCCACGGGUCAGCGAUUGAACGCAAUCCUCAAGCCGUACCUGCGCCGCCUGGAAGCAAACCCCGACGGCACGAAACCCAUCAACAUCAUCUGCAUCACGGACGGCGAGCCCAGCGACGAUGUCGAGAGUCCUCUCAUCGCAGCUGCCAAAAAGCUCGACAAGCUUGAUGCCCCAGCAUGGCAGAUUGGCAUCCAGUUCUUCCAGGUGGGGCGCGACGAGGAGGCCAAGAAGCAUCUCAAGCAGCUAGAUGAUGAGCUCGCGGAGAUUUCCGGUGAUGAUGAUCUGCGGGACAUCGUCGAUACGGUGCCGUUCACAGGCGCGGAAGGAACGCAUCUGACUGGCGAUGGUAUUCUCAAAGUCGUACUUGGUGCUGUCAAUAGACGUCUGGAUCGCAAGAAGAGUAAGGAUCUUCACAGAUAG